ACCAUCUCUCCACAACAUCUGCAAGGGUGCGGUUCGCUAGUCCCGCACCUGCGAUCCAUUCUCGCUUUCGUCCACAUGUCGAGUUCAGCUAACAUUUCUCACCAUGACGUAGAAACUCUCGCAUCCCUGAUCGCGUCCCAGCCGGAGAGCAUCGAGAUACUUCCCGGCGACGCGUCCGCCUGGGUACCGCCGGACUCGGAGCACCAUCCGUAUCUGCUUGUAGAGGGAAACCUCGGUGUGCCGCAGAAGGAGCUGUACAAGGUCUACGUGCAGGCUGUCUCCGUGUUCGCUAGGGCUAGGCGGUCGGAUGCUGUCAAGGCGCUGUAUUCGUGCACUGGCGCAGGGAGUCGGAGUACCUCUUCUUCAGCGAUCACACCGCCGUCUCAGCGAGACACCACGCUCGCGGCCUUUGAUGCGCAAGACCCCUCGAUCCGAACGCUGAUAGCAGCCUCGACCAUCCUCGCGCUCGCCAACCCCGCACAUCAAACGGCGCUCAGUGCGCGUAGACGGCUCAUCUCCUCCGGCCUUAUCGACGCGCGCUCCGAGCUGUGGUUCACACGCGCGGUGCUCCUCUGCGCGCGGCACUGUGCAAAGGAGGCGGGGCUGUGGUUCCACCGGCGGUGGGUCCUCGCGCGGGUGCAUGGGUGCGAUUUUGGGGAGGAUGGCGCCCGUUCGGAGAAGAUGGGGACGAUGGAGAUGGCGGAUGUGAAGAGAGAGCUGGAGAUGGCGGGGAGAGCGUGCGAGGUGUAUCCGCGGAACUAUUUUGCGUGGAUGCAUCGAGUUGUGUGUGUGCGUCUUGUGCUUUCUUCGCUCCGCGCGGGGUCUGAGCACGCGGGAGGAGGUCGGGGUGUCGAGUUCGUCCAGGGCGAGAUGAGGGACGUGCGGGCGUGGAUUGAUGUGCAUGUGGGGGAUUAUAGUGCCGUGCAUCAUCUCGUGUCGGUUUUGCGGGCUAUUUUGCUGGAUGAGGGGUUCGAUGCUGGGGCUGUCGAGGUGGGGAAGCGAGAACUGGAGAUGGCGGUGGAGCACUCAGGGGGCUUGGUGCGUGCUUACCCGGGGCACGAGGCAUUGUGGAUGUAUGUGCGGGCCGUGUAUGCGUUGGCGCUGGAGGUGGACAUGUCCCCAGGGAGCCUGGAGGAUGCAACAGUAGAUCUGCUUGCGUCCAGUGGUGAUCACAGUGAGGAAACGGCGUGGAAUGCAGGUCAGUUUGGGAAGUGGAAGGAGGUGUUUGUGCGGAAGGGUGGCUCUGGGAUAAUGCCGUAG